AUGUCUGGAUCCACUGCGUCCCCGGAGGCACAGGCUGCGAUGGCGGAGGCCAUCGCCGCCGCUACUCGGGCUUUCAACACAGAGUUAUGGACAUUGUAUUCGUUCGGCGUUCUCGUCACUUGUCUUAGAACCUACUCACGCAUAAAAGCGGUGGGCUUCAGAAACCUUCGAGCUGACGACUACAUCGUGUGGCUGUCCAUCGUGCUCUACACGACGCAGUCGACACUAGCCUAUUUUGCCGUCAAUUAUGGACAAGGCCUCGCCAACAAUUCCAUGACCGACGCUCAGAGAGCGGCACUGGAUCCUAAUUCAACGGAGUAUGCGCUACGAGUAUUUGGAUCCAAGAUUCAAGUCGUGGGAUGGACCUCGUACUGCUGUCUAAUAUGCACGCUUAAGUUGGCGGUCCUGGUCUUUUACGUCCGCCUCACGGAAGGACUCGGCCGGCGAUUUCGUAUGCGCAUUUGGAUCGGCUUUGCCCUGGUUGGAGGUACCUUUUUCGCGUCCAUAAUCGCCAUCUAUGCAGGCUGUCAACCGCUUGAAAAAUACUGGCAGAUCAACCCCAAUCCUGGCAACUUUUGCCAAGGUGCCAUAGCGGACCCAAUUGUUUGGGUUACCUUUUCUUCUAGUGUGGUCACCGAUAUCUACCUUAUCAUGAUCCCGCUGCCAAUGCUUUGGGGCACCACGCUCAAACUCGCCAAGAAGAUAGGCUCUACAUUCGUUCUUGGUGCUGGUGUAUUCGUCCUUGUCUGCUCUCUCCUGAAGACAGUUUUCGUCGAAAUAGACCCAGUGAACGGUGCACAACUUGCCGGCGAGUGGGGAACCCGCGAAGCUUUUACAUCCGUCGUAACAACCAACCUGCCUAUGCUAUUCCCCCUUAUCAGGGCCUGGCUUGGACCCUUUUUCGGUAGCGCGUUCUCCUCCGACAAGACGCCAUACAAUCACGCAACCGGCUUUCGGACCAUUGGUGGCAGCGAGCAUAACACGGUCGACAUUAGCAGUCGGCGUCGCGAGCCGUCUUCUGCAGCGAAGAAGAGUUUGCACAGUGCUACUUAUUCCGUCAGCGGGAGCGAGGAAUUCAUCUUCAACGAAAGCACGGAGGUUAAACUACAGAAAUUAACCACGGACGGUAAAUCAUCCGCCUUGCAGAAGCCGGCAAAGGGGAUCUUCGUUUCCAGCGAGUUUCACGUUAUGGAGGGUCGAGCGAGCCAGGUUAGUGAUCCUGCAGGUCAACGCGCUCCUCAGCAAUGGUGA